AUGUCACAAGAACUAGAAAACCCAACAGUAUAUAUUGAUAGGUCAAAAAAAUUGAAGAAUCCUUAUGACACGGUCAUGAGUCUUGCUACAACAGCUUGGCUUCAUUUUAAAAUGUAUGGUAGUUUUGAUGUCAGAGUUCAAGGGUUAAGGAAAAGUUUAAGAGAAAAAACAAGAUGGCUAAUUUUAAUUCAAUCACUUGCUUCACUUAUGAGUUCUGAAAAAAAAAUUGCUUUUCGUAAAAUUUAUUAUCAAUUUUCUCAUGUUUGGAAAACGGUUUAUCAUUGUUAUAGAUAUUUGAAAAGUUUUGCAACAAUAUUUGACUAUGAAUUGACUGAUGAUUUAAAUAUAUAUUUUGAAAGUUCUGCAAAAAUUUAUUCAGAUUUAAUUGAUGGUAUGAAUUACAAGUUAGAUGAGGAAUAUGCUGAAAUCUUCAAAAAGGUUGGGCAAGUUGAUGGACCUAUUUCAGUUGUUAUUUUAGAAAAAAAUUGUAUGUUGAGACUGGUCAAAAAUUAUUUAGAAGAAUUUAACCAAGGUAAAAAUGAAUGGAAAAAUUUCAUUGUCAUUAGUGGUUCUGGAUUUCCUGAUCUGUUGGUUCGUAAAUUCUUGGAUUUCAUUUCAAAAUCAUGUACAAAGUUAAAACCAAUAGUAAUUACAGACUACGACCCAUAUGGCCUUCAUAUAUACCUCACUUAUAAAAAAUAUUUGAAAUCAGUAAAAUAUGUUAAAAUUAAAAAUGCCAUUUACAGAAAUCCCGAAUUAGAAUUUAAAAAAUCACACAUAGUUGUAUUAGAAAACUUAAUAAAAAGAGAUGAUAUUGAUAAAGUUAUUGUUGAAGUUGCUAAUGAUAUGAUAGUUAAUAAAAAAUGCAUGUCAUUAGACAAACAUAUUGGUCUAUCAAAACAUAUUCAUGAAUUAGUUUUAUCGGAAGUUUUUACCUCAAGAUUUGAUAGAGUAACUCAUUUAGAAAUUGAAAUUAUUCCAGCAUUUCCUAUCGAGGACUUGGUUAAGUACUAA